AUGACUGGCCUAGAGAAUGGCACUGUGGGGCUGGCAGGGCUGGUGGUGGCGGCAGGAUGCACCUCUCUUGCCAUGGAAGUGCCAGUGUUCAGAAAACUCAUUAGCAUCCAACCUAAUUGAGGAUUAGGCAGAGUAAACACGUAUUCCUCAGAAUUGCCCUGCACCAAAGUAGAAACAGAGUUCAAGCAAAAUGUUGGCCCAGCAUCCAAUGAUUUGACCACUUGAGUUUACUUCCCUUCUAUCAAAUGCAGAUCACAUCUUCCUAUCCAAGAAAGGACAACAGAGAGAAAAAAAAAAGAAUGCACAAUUUUGUCUACAACUAUGAUGGUUUCAAGGUUAUCUGACUGCUUUCUAAAAUCUAGCAAAAUCUCCAUUUUGGGAAUUCCUGUGUGA